UGGGGCUAUGAGGAGAGAGUCAAUCAUCAUGGCUGUGUUCUCAGUACGGUGGCUAAAAAGACUGUAUGUUUUCUUGUUGAUAUGUCCACUCUGUGUCCCUGCCUUCUUGAAUUUGGAGGAGCUGAACGAGAUGAAAUAUGGGAUUCAAAUUCUUCCCGAUCCCGUCAUCCUGGGGCAGACCAAGACAGAGGAGGUUAUGAUGGUGUCCAGUAAGUACAAGCAGCUCUACGAGUGUCGACUUCCAGCCCAGGCUGUCCGGUUUCAUCAGGAUCCUGCAUCUGAGCCGGACUCGGAGGGGUACACUGGACCAGACAUUCCAGACCUGCUCGGUCCAAUGCAUAAUGCCCCGUGUCUAGUGAAGACGAAGGACUGGUGGACAUACGAGUUUUGUCAUGGUCAGCAUAUCAGACAGUACCACCUCGAAGACACAGAAAUCAAAGGGGACAUUCUGUUUCUCGGUUAUUAUGAAUCUGAGUUUGAUUGGAACAAUGAAACGGCAAAGGCCUCCAAACAGCACAGACUGAAGCGCUACCACAGUCAGACCUAUGUAAAUGGCUCUAAGUGUGACAUAAAUGGAAACCCCAGAGAGACAGAAGUCCGGUUUGUGUGUGAAGAAGGCUCAGGUGACUACAUCGCACGAGUGGAUGAGCCCCAGUCGUGUCGCUAUGUGCUGACAAUUCACACCAGUCGCACCUGCCAGCAUCCAUUCCUGCGGCCACCAUCAACUGCCAAACCCCAGGGUAUCGUGUGCCAACCAGCGUUAAGCGCCCAACAGUACAUGGAUUACGUCAAGGCCCAAGUCUCGGACACAAAGCGUAAAGUGGAGCAGAUCUCAGAGGAGCUGAGGAAUCUUGAUGAAAUGUUGGCCGGUAAUGAAGGGGCAGAUGGAGCAGUGGAAGUAACAGCAGAAGAGAUAUCACCUGCACCCAGCGAUGACUCAGACCACUCAGACAGAAAAGACACUGCUGAUGUAUCUGAGGAUGGUGGGUCAGAAGAGGCAGAGGAUUCUGAUUUCUGGGAGGGAGUUACAAAACCAGAGACUUCAAAAACGACUCCUUCUCAACAGGAGAGCCAGGCAGCAGAUGAUGUUGAUGACUCACUUACAGACAGUGGAGUCAUUGAUGAUGGUGAUGAAGUAGAAAAAUUCAACUUUAAAAUCAUCACUGACCCAGCAGACCUGAUGAAAUUUGUCCAGCACCUCAAAGAGAGUAACAGGAAGAAAGCACAAAACCAAGCCAAAAGUCGAGACGAGAAACCAACAAGUGACAGGGUAACAGAGAAGCUCGGUGAGGAAGAGAAAGAUGAAGAUGAACGCCUACUACAGGAGUUUGAGGAUGAGAUGGCUGACCUCUCUGUGCCAUCUGAUCAGAUUGAAGAAAUAAAGGAGGAAAUGCAGAAGGAAUUUGACAACAUCAUAAAUGAGGCCCAGCAGGAAUUGGAGACUGAGGGCCUGAAAGGGGAGUUCGAUCGCACUCAAGCAACACAGACACUGGAGACGACACUGGACAAGCUACUUGACCAUUUAGAGGAGAAAGACGUCCAGGACCAAGAGCAGCAAACAGCAGGAAUUCAAAGAUCCAGAGACCCGACCAGGGGCAGCCCCAGCCUUGCUCCAAAGCAGCCAGACCAAGCGGCUGACGACCAUGUUAAGAUCAAAAUUACUAAGUAUAAGACGGGCAGCAGCCCUGAUGGGGAGGUCAAAGUUCAGGAGAUGGGCGAAGGAGACCCCCAGUGGCAGCACAUAAAGGACGUGGUUAAAGAACAGCUAGAGAAAGCAGGACUGAAGGCCGAAGGUAAAAUUGAGGUCAAGAUCUUGACAAGAAAGAAUGCAGAGGAGGCCGGUGAUCAGUGGCUGACUGAAGAAGAUACCAAGUCCUUCAGGGAGCUCCUCAUAAAUCUCCUGACUGGAGGCACAGAAGAAGUUUACAAGGAGCAAAAGAGGCAGCAGGAGUUGGAGAACAACUAUAAGUUUGUGUGGGGAGAGUCGCAGGAGGAGUCCCAAUCAUCCAGCACCUCUGACUCGGACGAUGUGGACAUAUGAGCUUGUUCAGUACAUUCAGUGCACCUUUUGUGAUGGUGAACUCCUGUGGAGACUAGCAGGGAGGGGGACUCUGAAGUGCAGCAGCAAAUUUGAAAAAGAGACCACAGGGUUGAAUUAUUGCUAUAAAACUGGCAGAUAAUAUCAACUCACUUGUUUGCACAUUCAGAAAAUCUGUCCGUGUAUUUUGACUAGGCAAUAUGUGUCUUUAGUAGGCACCAUGUAUAUGUUGCACGAUGAAACUGCAACGUGUCAGCUGUACUUACGCAGCUAAAUGGAGUUAUGCAUUUUCCCCUUUUUGAUGGGAUUCAGUUUUGAUAGAUGGCUUGAAUAGCCGAGUGAUAUAUGAACCUUUUUAAAAAUAUUUCAGUGAGUUUUACUGAAUAUUUUCAGUUUAGUUCUGAGGUUGUCUGCAGCACAUUGUGUGUCCACAGCUAAAUUACUACUGGCAUUUGUUUUACAUGUUACCUUUGCGACAACAAACUGAAUGAGUGUUUCCACAGGUUGAUUGUGUGUGAAAAUGAAAAACCAAGGACAAAUACUCAAGGGUUCGUAUCUCACUUCCCUCUUGUCUUUGAAAAUUUGAAACUCUGACACACUGCGUUUUGCUGAUAAUAUUAUCAGCAAACACACAGUAGAUUACAGAAGUGUUUGUAAACCUAAUAUUUUAAAACACAAACUUCAACAUUGUCUCACAAAUAUUUUGGGUUUCCCUUGGGUUGUCAUGUGCUAUUAAAGGGAUUCAAAAGAAAAGCGCUUAAGGGAGUGUAGGAAGAAAUCUUUUAAGUGUGUACUUGUAAUUUGGCAAAGGAAAACAAAGAAAGAUACACUGUCAAUCGUAUUCAGUCUACCAAAAUAGUGAAUCGACACAAAACUUUUCUAUGGAUCCUUCAGAGGUGUAAUUAAAAGGGCUGAAUUUGUAUAAUUUGUGUAUAAUUGUGGCUACUUGGAACUCAACCUGUAUAUAAUUAUUGCUUGAAUAUGUUUUUGAAUUGAUUUGUGGUAUGUUAGCACAAAUUCAGUGAGACUUGAGUCACCUGAGUAAAUAUGUUCAACAUUUGUGACAGUGCAAUCUUUAAUCUUAAUUUCACGGUGGGACUGAGUCAUACACAAACUUUUUUCAGACACAGGACUGAGGCAUUUUGUCCCCAGAACAGGCUGGAGUAAAAAGAAAAAAGCUUCAGGAAUUUUGGGUGCGUUUCUUUACUUGAAUGCCACUUGAAUUUGCCUUCUCAAAAGUUACAUUGUUACACCUUCUUUUUAUCUGAUCUGGGGCGUGUGAUCACAAAGCAGGAUUUGUGAGUUAUCCAGUUGCCAGUUGUCUGGGUUUUCCUGUAUUGCGGAAGGGAAGAAAAUCAGUAGUCUUAAAACAAGCUUCAGUCUGCUUUAACACUCUUCACUCAUGAGUCAUUUUGAUCUUUAUGCUUCAGCUGCACACAUUUGUUAACCAUAACACUUUAAAACAGAGCCACAAAAGGUAAGUUUAUCAGUGUAUUCUUGAAUAGAGCUGUUUUACUGUAUUAGGGAUAUCAUAUUGUCUUCACAGUCUGACAGAAGUCCACUUGAGCUGCCUUGUAAAUAUGAGUCUUUGAGCAUUCUUUACUAUUUAUUUUUUUUAAAUAAAAAAAUACCAUAGGGGUCCUCUGGAUAUCAUCCAGCUAUUUAUUUUUUGUUCUAAAGUUAAACGUGUUAUGUUUGUAUUGUAUCCUGCAUUAGAUGAACAUCUGCAUGCUCUCAGGUUUUUUAUUUAAUUUGCCUAUACUGAGAUAACAACUGGGUGAACCUGGUGAAGAGUCUGAGAGUACAACUACAAUGUGGAAUAAGGUAGCACUGCUUUUGUGUUUGUCAUGCCAGCAAUCUUAGAGUUUGUAGCUGCUAUAAUACAAAAGCACCCAACCUCUGGAUUUAAGCAAAUAAAGUAACUCAAAUGUGA